AUGGCAUCUGCAUGCCGGGUCCAUUUGGCGAUCCUGAAUGCCUGGACACGGGAGGUCCUUGCAUUAGCAAAACCUGUCCGAGCGAUGCCCGUCGAUUGCGGGGCAAUGGCUUCCUGCCACGUGGGAGACGAGUUCAAUACCUACUGCCUGUGCAAUGACAAAAGUCUGAUCUACAACGAAAAUGACAAGUCAUGCAAUGACGCGUGUCAUAAUUAUGCAUGCGGGAUAGGUGCUACCUGCUCUGUGGGAGGCGAUGGCAUUCCCAAGUGCUCGUGCACUGACAAAAGUCUGUCUUACGACGAAAAAGAGAAGACAUGCAAUGACGCGUGUCAUAAUUAUGUAUGCGGGAUAGGUGCUACCUGCUCGGUGGGAGGCGAUGGCAUUCCCAAGUGCUCGUGCACUGACAAAAGCCUUAUGUACGACGAAAAAGAGAAGACAUGCAAUGACGCGUGUCAUUAUUAUGUAUGCGGGAUAGGUGCUACCUGCUCGGUGGGAGGCGAUGGCAUUCCCAAGUGCUCGUGCACUGACAAAAGUCUUAUUUACGAUGAAAAAGAGAAGACAUGCAAUGACGCGUGUCAUAAUUAUGUAUGCGGGACAAACGCUUCCUGCUCUGUGGGAGGCGAUGGCGUUCCCAAGUGCUCGUGCACUGACAAAAGUCUUAUCUACGAUGAAAAGGAAAGGACAUGCAAUGACGCGUGUUAUCAAGUGGAUUGCGGGAAAAAUGCUUCCUGCUCUGUGACAGCCGCUGGCACUCCCAAGUGCUCGUGCAAUGCUAAUGGUUACAGCUUUAACGAAGCAGACAAGACUUGCAAUGAUGCGUGUUAUCAAGUGGAUUGCGGGAAAAGUGCCUCCUGCUCUAUGACAGCCGAUGGCACUCCCAAGUGCUCGUGCAAUGCUAUUGGUCACACCUUCAACGAAGCAGACAAGACUUGCAAUGAUGCGUGUUAUCAAGUGGAUUGCGGGAAAAGUGCCUCCUGCUCUAUGACAGCCGAUGGCACUCCCAAGUGCUCGUGCAAUGCUAUUGGUCACACCUUCAACGAAGCAGACAAGACUUGCAAUGCCCCUUCUGAUGAGCCCACAACAGCCCCGUCUGUGGUCCCCUCGACAGCCCCGUGUCCCAAGGAUUGCGGAAGUGCCAAGUGCAUUGUGGAGGAGGGCAAGGCCCAGUGCAAGUGCCCCUUGGGCCUCGUGUUCAAUGAGGCUGAGAAGACCUGCAGCGAUGCGCCUUAUUCUGCUGUGGCAGACCCUUGCAAGACGGGCACACUCAAGUGCGCCAAGAACUCCAAGUGCGUUGUGAAGAACGGGCAGGGGAUUUGCGCCUGUGAUGCUGGCUACACAAAGACAAGCGGCCUCUGCACUGCCAUGUGCAAGCCUGCCUGCUGUGUGAAUGCCCAGUGCAUAGUGGUGGGAGGAAAGCCGGUGUGUCAGUGCAGGAAGGGCUUCAAAAUGGAGAAGAACGAGUGCACACCUGUAUGCAAUCCCGUCUGCCCUGCUAAUGCGGAGUGCAAGGAGGUGAAAGGAAACCCGGCAUGUCAGUGCAAGGCAGGGUUUGGAAUGGCGAAUAACAAGUGCACACCCAUAUGCAAGGGUGGCUGCCCUGCCAAUGCCCAGUGCAAGGUGGUGGGAGGAAGGGCGGCAUGCCAGUGCAAGGCGGGAUACCAAAUGGAUUAUAACAACAAGUGCACUU